AUGUCUCAGCAGACGCAGUCAUCAGGAAGGGACCUUAGGGGGAUUGGAGGAAAGGUUCCAAAGAAUGAAGCGGAUCAAUGGUCCAAUGUGAUGGACCCAAACGAGCGACGCAAGAUACAGAACAAAUUGGCUCAGCGAAGAUAUCGUGACAAGACCAAGGAAAACAAGGAAGAAUCCGAACGUCAAGCAGAAAACCAACGCAACGCAGGAAGCUCGUAUACGUCUCCAGAGCCCGAAGCUAUGCAAUCAAACGAGACACUCUCCGGGCUUCCAUGGGGAGGGAUCAACAUGAAGCACAUCAUUGAAACCGGCAAGAGGAAGGAGCUGGGUUCCAAGCAAACUUCGCAAGCCAACUCAUUGCACGGUGGUGCCACGGGAGGCAGGCUCGGUCUCGAUCUCUCUCAUCAGUUUGCCAGAGGCUCUCCGGCGUGGCAGUAUCUUAGACACUUUUCCUACAACCAGGAUGCUCGGGCAACAUGCCGGGCCACGGCGGCGGCGAGGAUCAACGAUGACGAAGAGAAUGGUCCACCGCGUUCUCUCCAACCAUUCUGCAGGUGCCACGCAGAAUGGAUGAUGGUGUUUGGUAGAAACUUGCGCGAGACGAGACCCCAUCUCAGAGUCACCUCUUUCAGCUGUCAGCCUUAUAUUUUGCCAGGGGGGCUCGCUAACGACUGGUGGUUGCAGGGUUCUUACAAUGCUCUCGGGGAACGCCGCCACGAGGCUGAGUUGAACCAUGCUCACGUUCCACACUUCCACACCAACGACAUUCGGAAGUCGCUCAUUAGACUCUGUCCCUUCACGACAAACUGGGGGCCCACCAACACCAGGAUCGAGCGGCCAGGUACCAUUGGUGCACAAUUGGGGGUAAUUCCGAUUAAAUGCACAUUAACAGCGACUGUGCCUCAUGUCCCGUUCAGAGAUCUAACGCAAGUUGGGUGUAUAUGCACCUUUGCGACUUUCACGCGACCCGUCGUCAUCCUUCGGACUAGCUCCAGGCAGCUAGGCACACCUGCGGCACUGGGGCAUAUCAUCGUAUGCACCGUCGGUUCAGCUCCGAACAGCCACAUCCGCUUCAGACGCCUCAACACUGUACGGCACGGAAGGCCCAUUCCCUAA